CUUCUCCAGUUGACAUAGGGGUGUGUCUGAAAGAGUGUAGUGCCUGUAAAGUCAUUGCACACCGCAGCUACCUGGGCAUACAGCAAGCCAAGGUGUCCAAACGUUCAUUCUUCGCUUUUUAAACGCGUUGUCAACAUGUCCAAGCCUCUGACCGACCAUGAAAAGCGCAAGCAGAUCAGUGUUCGUGGUAUAGCUGGACUGGGGGAUGUUGCCGAAAUCAAAAAGAGUUUCAACAGGCAUCUUCACUUCACCCUAGUGAAGGACCGCAAUGUGGCCACCCCGCGGGAUUAUUUCUUCGCGCUGGCGCACACGGUUCGGGAUCACCUGGUGGGACGCUGGAUCCGCACUCAGCAGUAUUACUACGAGAAAGACCCGAAGCGGGUCCACUAUCUCUCUCUAGAGUUCUACAUGGGCAGAACUCUACAGAACACCAUGAUAAAUCUUGGGCUGCAGAAUGCCUGUGAUGAAGCCAUCUACCAGCUUGGACUAGAUUUGGAAGAGCUGGAGGAGAUUGAGGAGGAUGCAGGAUUGGGAAACGGAGGGCUUGGACGUCUGGCAGCUUGUUUUUUGGACUCGAUGGCAUCUCUGGGUUUGGCGGCAUAUGGAUACGGCAUUCGUUAUGAGUUUGGCAUCUUCAAUCAGAAGAUCACCAAUGGCUGGCAGGUGGAGGAAGCCGAUGAUUGGCUGCGUUAUGGAAACCCUUGGGAGAAGGCCCGUCCGGAGUACAUGCUGCCUGUGCAUUUCUAUGGCCGAGUGGCACAUACACAUGAGGGACCAAAGUGGAUUGACACCCAGGUGGUGCUUGCGAUGCCUUAUGACACUCCUGUGCCUGGUUAUAAAAACAACACUGUCAAUACUAUGAGACUGUGGUCUGCCAAAGCACCUAAUGAUUUCAACCUACAAGAAUUUAAUGUGGGAGAUUACAUCCAGGCUGUACUGGACCGGAACCUGGCAGAGAACAUUUCCAGGGUGCUCUACCCCAAUGACAAUUUUUUUGAAGGGAAGGAGCUCCGUUUAAAGCAGGAGUACUUUGUGGUGGCUGCUACUCUGCAGGACAUCAUCAGACGCUAUAAAUCGUCAAAGUUUGGCUGCCGCGAUCCCAUGCGCACCUCUUUUGAGACUUUCCAUGAAAAGGUGGCGAUCCAGCUGAAUGAUACUCACCCAGCUCUGGCGAUUCCUGAGCUCAUGAGGAUCCUGGUGGAUAUAGAGCACCUAGACUGGGAAAAGGCAUGGGAGAUCACCACAAAGACGUGCGCAUACACAAACCACACGGUGUUACCUGAGGCUCUGGAGCGCUGGCCUGUCUACAUGUUUGAGAAGCUCCUGCCCCGACACCUGCAGAUCGUCUACGAGAUCAACCAGCGGCAUCUGGAUAGAGUCGCUGCGCUGUAUCCAGGCGACAGUGAUCGUUUGCGCAGGAUGUCUCUGAUCGAGGAGGGCGAUCCAAAGAGGAUCAACAUGGCCCACCUCUGUGUGGUCGGCUCACACGCUGUUAACGGAGUCGCACGGAUUCACUCAGACAUUGUCAAAACCACCGUGUUCAAGGACUUUUGUGAGAUUGAACCAGAGAAGUUUCAGAACAAGACAAACGGCAUCACGCCUCGUCGCUGGCUGCUGCUCUGUAACCCCGGCCUGGCUGACAUCAUCGCUGAGAAAAUUGGUGAGGACUUCCUGACAGAUCUUUUCCAGCUGAAAAAGCUGUUGGACUUUGUCAAUGAUGAAAUGUUUAUUCGGGAUGUGGCCAAAGUGAAACAGGAGAAUAAGCAGAAGUUUGCAGCAUGUCUGGAGAGUGAGUACAAAAUAAAGAUAAAUCCUGAGUCCAUCUUCGACAUCCAUGUCAAAAGAAUCCAUGAGUACAAGAGACAACUGCUCAACAUCCUGCAUGUCAUCACGUUAUACAACAGGAUUAAGAAAGAACCGAACAAGAAGUUUGUUCCAAGGACCGUAAUGAUUGGAGGAAAGGCAGCACCAGGCUAUCACAUGGCAAAGAUGAUCAUUAAACUGAUCACCUCAGUGGGGGAGGUGGUGAAUCAUGACCCUCUGGUGGGAGACAGACUCAAGGUCAUUUUCCUGGAGAACUAUCGAGUCUCAUUAGCUGAGAAGGUGAUCCCUGCUGCCGACCUGUCCCAGCAAAUCUCCACGGCAGGUACAGAAGCCUCCGGUACAGGGAACAUGAAGUUCAUGCUUAACGGCGCUCUGACCAUCGGCACCAUGGAUGGUGCUAAUGUGGAGAUGGCAGAAGAAGCUGGAGAAGAAAACCUGUUCAUCUUUGGCAUGAGGGUGGAGGAUGUGGAGGCCAUGGACAAAAAAGGAUACAAUGCCAGGGAAUACUACGAGCAUCUGCCUGAACUGAAGCAGGCGAUGGAUCAGAUCAGCUCUGGAUUCUUCAGCCCCAAAGAGCCUGAACUCUUUAAAGAUGUUGUCAACAUGCUCAUGGAUCAUGACAGGUUCAAGGUGUUUGCAGACUAUGAAUCAUAUAUCAGCUGUCAAGAAAAAGUGAAUGAACUCUACAGGAACCCGAAAGAAUGGACCAAAAAGGUCAUCAAAAACAUUGCUGCUUCUGGAAAGUUCUCUAGCGACCGCACCAUUGCAGAGUAUGCACGUGAGAUCUGGGGCGUAGAGCCAUCUGACGUCAAGAUCCCGCCACCUAACGAACCACGUGAAUGAGGGAGUGGGCAACAUGAUGGUCUGAUGGUGUCCACAGGUUCUCCCAGUGGCUUCACCUGAUUCAGCUUUCUCUCACUAUGUGAAGCAUUUUUGAACUUCAUCACUGUAGUGUACCCUCAACAUGCAUGCACAAAAACUAACUCUUCCAUUUGCACUUACAAUGUAGUAGGUUUUAAAUCACAGUUACUUUCACAUGCCUAUACUUUAAUUAUCAAUCAUCAUGGUUUCCAUUUAUGCACAUUCAAUUCAUUGGUCAUCUGAGACUAAUUUAUUGAAACUUCGUCAAAAUUAAGUCCAGCUUCAGUUUCAAAGGUAUUUAUGCAUCAAAUGGUGUAAAUUCUAAAUUUUUGUGUACUCUUUGUUUCACUUUUGAGAGUAACGGUUGUGACUGAUUAUAACCAAGAACACAGUGGAACCGAACAAGAGCCUCUGAGUAUUUUCUGAAGCCAUCUGGAAACCAUUGAAGACUUGAGUAACAUUCAUGUCCUAGAACAUUUCUUAAAUAUGACAAAAUAUUUCACUUGCAACCACAUUUAUUCUGUCUAAAUUCAGUAGAAGUAGUGUAUUUGCCUUCAAAUAUGUGAUGUAAGCAGUCAGAAAUGACAGCCUUAAAAGUAACAAAUGCAAACAGAAUUGAUAUAAUGACUUUAAAGUGCAUGUGAUGUGUUUGUUCGGUGGCCAAAUAAUCUUUUUAUUCAAGCUUUCAAUGCAGGUUAAAGGGUGCCUUGUAUACUCACUGUGUAGUAUUCAAAAAUAAAAAAAAACAUCUCUUGGUAGAAUAUUUCAUAAAAGGCUAUAUGGCAGCUGGCUGAUGUAAAGUCAUCAUAUCUGUACUUUAAAUAGUUUUAUAGUUUUUGUCAGGGUCGAAGCUGAUUCAGUUUGCUCUUCUAUUUCACAUAGCAUAAACAAAUUAUGAUAUAUUUGUCCUGUUUUUCAUUUUACAAAGCAGCUUGAACUUAAGCAAAUGGAAAUUCAUAAAGCAAACCCUGGCUUGAGUUUGAACUAUAUACAGCAUAUCAGAUUACAGCGGUCGUUUGAAUGUAUGCUUAUAGAUGUGCCUUUGAACAUUCACACUUUGUACCGAGGCCUUGUUUUCUUGCUCCAUUUUAUACACGAACUGUAUACAAAUAAUGGUGUUAAAACCAUGUUAACAAAUAAUAAAAACCUUGAAAACAAAAA